AUGAAGAAGCCGUCCAAGACCUCGGCCGCCCAGACCGAAUCUCAAGCUCAAGCUCGCCGACUCCGCGGAAUCAACACCGAAAAUCAACAUCAGCACCACCACCAACAACAACAUCGAGGCACAAGAGCCAGCAGCAGCAGCAGCAAGAAGCGCUCGUCUUCGCCGACGGUUAUUCCCAGCCCAAGCUUGAGCACCAGGAAUGGCCAGGAGGCGAAGCGGCAGAAGCGUUCUACGCCAGCUGAUCCUAGGCAGGAGGAGGAGCAAGAAGACCCUGCUGACGAUGUCAUGCUGGUUGAAAAUGGGCAUGACAGUGCUGCUGCUUCGGCACAGCUCAUAGUGGAAAACGAGGCUGUUCACCAGAGGAACGAGGCGGGAUUGCCUGCCAGUGGUGGACAGCAAGCAGCCACGCUGAACAGUGUGACGGCCGUCAGCGCCAGUGGGCAAGAGCUCGGCGAAAGUGGCACUCAGCGCAGAGACAUCAAGCACGAAGACGUCGAAGGUGAAGACAUCAAGACAGAGGAGGAGGAGAAAGUCGCAGACGAAGACGUCAAAAAUGGAGUCAUCAAGGGAGAAGAGGUCAAGGAGGAAGAGAAACUGCAGACCGGAGAAGAGGUCGAGGAUGAAGCCAUCACUUCUCUGCAGGCUGUCAGCGACGCAAGGAACGCGAAUAUCGAGGCGGAAGUUGACGCGGUUCUUUUGUCCGACAUCCUUGGAAAGCUUGAGGAGUUCCAUGGUCACGAUGAUCAUAGCCACGCCGCCUUUGGCGAUUCUGGGGCUCCCAACGACGCCACGGUCUGGGGAACAACUGGUUCUGGUCCGCAAGUGUCGAUUGAGCAGAUUCAGGUGGAGAAGACAGGAGAAGCUGUAGGUCAAGGUGGCACCGAAGCUGAAGACAUCGUGCAUACGACUUCAAAGCAUGCCGACACACAAGCUAUAAAGCACAGCCGGGACGAAGCUCUGUCGAUAGAACGGGCACAGAAUGCAGGACUGGCAGAAUCCAAGGCCUCGGUGGAGCCAUCUCAAUCAGACGACAUCUUCCACCUCCCCGACUCUGGUGGGCAGCAUCGCCCAGAAGUCCGACGGCAAACCGAAGCGGGAUAUUCAGCAAGUCCCGUCCAGCUUUCACAAGACCUCGCGACUCAGACGACCUUGGCGUCAGAUUCUCAUGGCCUCACCCCGGACGCGGCUUCAAGCAUCGACAAAUUCGCGGCCGAGGCACUGCUGUCCAUGGGCCACAGUCACAUAGCUGUUGUGGAUGAGUCACCAUCCCGCGCAGACAGUGCCAACCGCGAGUACGACAUCAGCCUAAGCACAGCCGUCGUCAAUGGGGACCGGCCCGACGCCGUUAUGAGUGAAGAUGAUGACCAACAGCCGAGAAGAGCUGGCCAGCGACGAAGUGUCAGAAGGACUAGACUUAAAUAUGAGGUCAAAGUCACAGAUGCCAAUGGCGAUACCGACCUUGAAGUGUUGGGCACAAGAAGAUCAAAAAGAGCCAGGGUCAGGACCAGCAACCAUCUUUUCGAGAGCGACCAGGAGGAUAAUGAAGGUAAUGACGAUUACUCUCAAGUCUCUUCUCGCGGUGGCAAAGGUACUCGCCAAGGAAAAGUAAAGGCAGUGGACAACACCCCAGAGGACACGCCGCCCGUCAAGGGCAAAGAGAAGGAGAAGGGCGACAUCAGCAGUUACUUUCAGACCCUUGGCCAAGCGGGACGAAGCCCGGCCGCUGCCGAUCUCGCAAGAAGCGAAAUCGCCACAGCAGGAGUCGUCUUUGAUGGCGUUCACGCUCCUCCCGCCAGCCUUGUCUACCCGGCUCGCGAUGAUUCUUAUCCUAACACAAGAAAUCUCAACACGGAAGCAACUAUUCGCAAAGACUCGGGGGGAAACUCUGGGCAGCCGCAGACCGGUUCCAGUCAGCCGCUUGAGCCUAUUGAUUGUGAGCAGGAGGGUCGCGAUGAUGGUGAUGUAUCUAUGCUUGAUAUGCCAGAGCCUGACAUGAUCACUACCGGGCAUUCCGUUGGGCUCGAGAGGGAUCUAGAAUCACGACUUGGUGAGCUUGAAUCCCUUCUCGAGUCUUUCAGGCAGAAAGAUGGGCAGUUGCACUCGACUGCAUGGGCACUGCUGCAGUCUGUCAUGGACGAGUAUAGGUAA